AUGCAAAUUUGGGGUAUGAAUUGAGUAUGUGUGUAGCACAGCACAGCACCAUAAGAGGCUCACAAUUAGAAGACAGACAACCAUGGCUGUCGAACAAGGCCUUGCCGAUGACUACACACAGGAUGGGACUGUGGAUCUCAAGGGCAACCCUGUUCGUCGCUCCCAGAGGGGUGGCUGGCGAGCUUGCUCCUUCGUCGUUGUAUAUGAAGUAUUUGAAAGGAUGGCGUUUUAUGGGAUAUCUUCGAAUUUAUUGAUAUAUUUGACGACUAGACUCGGCCAAGGCACUGUUACAGCAUCCAACAAUGUCACGAAUUGGGUUGGGGCUGUUUGGAUGACUCCUAUCUUGGGUGCUUAUGUUGCUGAUGCCUAUCUCGGUCGCUUCUGGACCUUCAUCAUCGCCUCAAUUAUCUACUUAUCAGGCAUGUCCCUUCUUACAAUGGCUGUCUCCCUUCCAACCUUAAGGCCGCCAUCGUGCGACCAGCCGAACUCCGGCCACUGCCAGAAGGCCUCCACGCUGCAGCUUGCCGUCUACUUUGGUGCACUCUACAUCUUGGCAGUCGGCACGGGCGGCACGAAGCCAAACAUCUCGACGAUCGGGGCGGACCAGUUCGACGACUUCCACCCGAAGGAGAAGAAGCAAAAGCUAUCAUUUUUCAACUGGUGGAUGUUCAGCAUUUUCUUUGGCACUCUUUUUGCCAACAUAAUUCUUGUUUACAUUCAAGACAACAUUGGGUGGACCCUUGGUUAUGGCCUUCCAACUAUUGGCCUUGCCGUUUCUAUUGGUAUUUUUUUCGUCGGAAUUCCCUUCUACCGCCACAAGGUUCCCGCCGGAAGCCCCUUUACUCGGAUGGCUAAGGUUAUUGUCGCCGCCAUCAACAACCGGAAACUGCCGCUGCCGAGGGACGCUAAGGAACUCUAUGAGUGGAACUUUGAAGAGUACACCAAGAAGAAGAAGUUUAGGAUGGAGGCCACUCCUACUUUGAGCUUACUCAACAAAGCUUCGAUCCAAACGGGUUCAACCGAUCCAUGGCGGCUCUGCACAGUAACCGAAGUGGAAGAAACAAAGCAAAUGAUUCGAAUGAUCCCAAUUCUAUUCGCAACCUUUGUCCCAAGCAUCAUGUUGGCUCAAGUCAAUACUCUGUUCAUAAAACAGGGCACUACUCUGGAUCGAAAAGUCGGCAACUUUAAAAUCCCACCGGCGAGCUUGAGCGCCUUCGUCACCGCUACACUGCUCGUCAGCGUCGUAAUUUACGACCGAUUCUUCGUCAAGAUCAUGAGAAAAAUCACCAAGAAUCCAAGAGGGAUCACUCUACUACAACGGAUGGGAACUGGGAUUGUCCUCCAUACCUUGAUCAUGGUUGUCAGCUGUCUAGUUGAGCGGCGGCGAUUGGCGGCGGCGAGAGAGCACGGUGUUGUUGAGAGUGGCAGAGAAGUUCCGUUGAGUAUCUUCAUCUUGCUGCCACAGUUUAUUCUCAUGGGGGUUGCCGAUGCCUUCAUGGAGGUCUCCAAAAUUGAAUUCUUCUACGAUCAAGCACCAGAGAGUAUGAAGAGUCUCGGGACAUCAUACUCAACGACAGCAAUCGGGACCGGUAAUUUCCUCAGUAGCUUCCUUCUAGCAACAGUUUCCGACAUCACAAGCCGCAAUGGGCGAAAGGGGUGGAUCCUCAACAACCUAAACGCAUCCCAUCUCGACUACUACUACGCCUUCUUCGCCAUUCUCAACUGCUUAAACUUCAUCUUCUUCCUCUUCGUUUCAAGGUAUUACGUAUACAAAGCCGAAGUUUCAGACUCCAUAAAAUUACUCUCCGAAGAACUGAAAGAGAAGGCUCCAUCAAAAGAAUCAAACAACCCAUAUUAACAUCUUCAAUGAACUUUAGAGACUUUCGCCAUCGAAGAAGCUCUAAACUUGUACUUGUUUCUUCAUUUAAUUUACAAUCGUGCAAAUAAUAUGAUUAUAUAGUUUAUCCACGCAUAGUAAAUCUAGUUUUUUAAACCAAAA